AUGGAAAUGGAUUAUCUGAAUUUAGUGAAGUCUGAUAUCUAUUUUGAUUUGGAAUGUGCUAGGUCCAAGGAUAAACAGUUAGAUGAGGAAUAUGAGUUUGUAAAACAGUUGGAGAAGGAAACAGAUAUGGAACAGUCGUACAAGGACUUGCUAUUGUGUCUUCUAACUAAGGAGGUAAGGUUUGUGCCAAAUAAGAGGAAAAAUGAAAAAGAUGAUAUCUAUGAGAAUGAUGAAGACUGGAGUCAUGAGGAGAAUGAUCCCGAGUAUGAGCUUUUCUUGCGCAAUCUUGUGAAGCAUGAAAAGUCCUAUGUUUUUAACCAUAAAAAAAAUGGUUCAUGCCUUUUCAUUAGAUAUGAAGAAGAUAGUGAUUCAGAUGAUGACUCUGAUCCAGAGUCUCAUAGAAAAUUAACGGGUCGCAAGCCUCAGAGAAAGCUAAAAAAUACUGUCAAGGGAGAGAGAAUAGAAGCUAUGAGAUGUUCAAGUGAUUCGAUGAUGCCAGAUUCUGACUAUCUUUCUUUUAUAAAAAAUACUAAAAUUGAAGGUAAUUAUCUUGUAUUGCCUCACGAGGGUGGUAUGAUAGAAUAUGAGAAGGAUGCUGUCAAGGGAGAGAGAAUAGAAGCUAUGAGAUGCUCAAGUGAUUCGAUGAUGCCAGAUUCUGACCAUCUUUCUUUUAUAAAAAAUACUAAAAUUGAAGGUAAUUAUCUUGUAUUGCCUCACGAGGGUGGUAUGAUAGAAUAUGAGAAGGAUGCUGUCAAGGGAGAGAGAAUAGAAGCUAUGAGAUGCUCAAGUGAUUCGAUGAUGCCAGAUUCUGACCAUCUUUCUUUUAUAAAAAAUACUAAAAUUGAAGGUAAUUAUCUUGUAUUGCCUCACGAGGGUGGUAUGAUAGUAUAUGAGAAGGAUGCUGUCAAGGGAGAGAGAAUAGAAGCUAUGAGAUGCUCAAGUGAUUCGAUGAUGCCAGAUUCUGACCAUCUUUCUUUUAUAAAAAAUACUAAAAUUGAAGGUAAUUAUCUUGUAUUGCCUCACGAGGGUGGUAUGAUAGUAUAUGAGAAGGAUGCUGUCAAGGGAGAGAGAAUAGAAGCUAUGAGAUGCUCAAGUGAUUCGAUGAUGCCAGAUUCUGACCAUCUUUCUUUUAUAAAAAAUACUAAAAUUGAAGGUAAUUAUCUUGUAUUGCCUCACGAGGGUGGUAUGAUAGUAUAUGAGAAGGAUGCUGUCAAGGGAGAGAGAAUAGAAGCUAUGAGAUGCUCAAGUGAUUCGAUGAUGCCAGAUUCUGACCAUCUUUCUUUUAUAAAAAAUACUAAAAUUGAAGGUAAUUAUCUUGUAUUGCCUCACGAGGGUGGUAUGAUAGUAUAUGAGAAGGAUGGUGUUGUGAUUAGCCCACAAAAGGGGGAUAAUGAUGACAGUGCUGAUCUGAAAAUUCUAGAUAUUGCUCGCGAGGAUGAAUCCGAAAAUUUUAUGUUUAUAGAGGAGGACAGUUCAAAAAUGCACCGUGACUUCAGGAGAGAACUCAUGUGUAUUUUUCGAAAAGAAUAUGAUAGAGAGGAGUACAAGCAGCUUUGGCAGGACGUCGAAGUCCGUAAGGCAGCACUUCGCCAUAGGGAGUUGCGUAACGGGAGGGAAAAUGCAUACUCAACAGAUAAAGCUGGAAAAUCGUAUCUUGAUCUCUAUCCUGAUCUUAAGGAAGCACUCUUAAGAUGCCAAGAUGACAAACCAAGAUGCUUGAACCUCUUGCGUGGAUUCUUCUUUUGGCUUCAAUGUCUAACUAGGGAAGGAGCAUUCAAGCCAUGGAAGGACCCACAAUGCCUCGCAGUGGAGCCAAUAUGUUGCCCCCCCUCCUGGUCCUGA